UUUAUAUUAAAAAAACACACAUGUAUUUUUGUAAACUAUGCACAAAUUAUUUCUUCUUUACAAAAUAUUUUCUUUUUUACUGUGAAUGCAGCAUGUGACUUCACUUGCCCCAUACUUGACACAAAUGCAUCCACCUCAAGAAUUACUGGAGUUUAAUCAAAUCAAGAAAAUAUAACCGUAUUGAGCAAAGAUUAGUUUGAGAGGAAUACAAUAACACACAAAUAAAUUUGAAUAAUCCAGUGAGUCAAUGACAAUAUCUGUCGGCAUUGACUCAUAAAUAUCUAGUACUUCUAAUUCUAUCGUAGGAUACCAUGAAUCAUCUAUAGAUGAUAUUGAAAUGAUUAUACAAUGGGCCCCAUGAUCCUUCAUGGCUUUAGUUUGUAUUUUGUUCAAAACUUCAAGUAACUAUCAUUACACUGCUUACAAUCGGUAAAAAGAUAUCACGGUAAGUAAGAACACCUGCUUCGUAUAGAUACUAAGAUUAGUCUAAAAUCUGAACAUCUUAUUAAAACUAACGAAAAUUAUUCACGACUGUGGUUAAACCGACCAUAGCCUAUACUUGUUACAUGUCUCACGACAAUUCUAGAUGUUCAUUCAAAGCCUAAAUGAGAGACUCAUUACAGGUUAAAAUGAGCCGAGCCUAGCCUAGCUCACAGCAGCUGGAACUUUACAUCGAGAACUACAAUGCUGACGUCAGAUCCAACGGCUGAGAGCGGUUGUAAGGCUAAUCUUUUCUGACCUCAUCAGAGAGAGAAAGAAAAAAAAACGAUAUAAAGGGUGACACUUUGCCAAGAGACACAGAUAGAGAAAGAAAAAAAAGCUCGAAAACUGAUAAAAAAAAGCUAAAGAAGAAGAAGGAAGAAGAUAGAGGCGGUACUGCUCCGCCAUUAAUGCCACCACUCAACGGGAACACCUUUCUCACUCUCUUUCUUGGUUGAGAAUUGAGACUUGAGAACUUAAAAAAGGUGAAUAAGACUUUUGAUUAAUUCAGCAAAAGAGGUUAUACACACUUUGAUGGGGAAAUAAAAAGUUGUGAAAAUCUUUUCUUUUCACAUUUUGAUGUAUUGUCCACCUCAACUUUAAAGUUUGUACCUUUUUGCUUGUCUUAAUCUCAAGUGUGAUAUAUAGUUGAAGAUUUUGCAUAAAAGGUUCUCCCUCUCUCUCUCUGAAUCACUCAGUCAUGGGGAUUUGUUUGAGUGCCCAGGUCAAAGCUGAGAGCCCAGUGGCAAGUCCCAAAGAUACUAAAAGUCUUGGGAGUAAGGGUUCAUCUGUGUCUGUAAGGCCCAGCCCUAGAACCGAGGGUGAGAUCUUACAGUCUCCAAACCUCAAGAGUUUCAGCUUCUCAGAGCUUAAAUCAGCAACCAGGAAUUUCAGACCAGACAGUGUGCUUGGUGAAGGUGGAUUCGGUUGUGUCUUCAAAGGAUGGAUUGAUGAGAAGUCUCUCACUGCCACAAGACCAGGAACCGGUUUGGUUAUUGCUGUCAAAAAACUUAACCAAGAUGGUUGGCAAGGUCACCAGGAGUGGCUGGCUGAAGUUAAUUAUCUUGGCCAGUUUUCUCAUGGACACCUUGUGAAGUUGAUUGGUUAUUGCCUAGAGGAUGAGCACCGUCUUCUUGUUUACGAGUUCAUGCCUCGUGGUAGCUUGGAGAAUCAUCUUUUCAGGAGAGGUUUGUAUUUCCAGCCUUUAUCUUGGAAACUACGGUUGAAAGUUGCUCUUGGCGCUGCAAGGGGCCUAGCCUUUCUUCACAGCUCCGAGACAAGAGUGAUAUACCGUGACUUCAAGACUUCUAACAUCCUUCUUGAUUCGGACUACAACGCUAAGCUUUCUGAUUUUGGGUUGGCUAAGGAUGGGCCAGUUGGUGAUAAAAGUCAUGUGUCUACUCGGGUCAUUGGUACUCACGGAUAUGCAGCUCCUGAAUACAUGGCAACCGGUCAUCUAACAACAAAGAGUGAUGUCUAUAGCUUCGGUGUUGUCCUUCUGGAGCUCUUGUCUGGUCGCCGAGCUGUUGACAAGAACCGACCAUCCGGAGAGAGGAACCUCGUGGAGUGGGCUAAACCAUACCUAGCGAACAAAAGAAAGAUAUUCAGAGUCAUCGACACUCGUCUUCAAGACCAAUACUCAAUGGAAGAAGCUUGCAAAGUGGCAAUUCUCUCUCUGAGAUGUCUCACCACAGAGACUAAGCUUAGACCAAACAUGAGCGAUGUAGUUUCCCACCUUGAACAUAUUCAGUCUUUGAACUCUGCUAGAAGAGGGAUUAUGGAUAGGACAGAGAGAAGAAUGCGUAGGAGAAGCGAUAGCGUUGUCGGCAAGAAACCUAAUGCAGGUUUUGCUAGACAGACCGCGGUGGGGAGUACACUUGUUGCUUAUCCUCGCCCAUCAGCCUCGCCGCUCUAUGUCUGAAGGUGUAAUUAAACACGUCUUGGUUAUGAAGUGCAUGUAAUCAUGUCCUGUUUAUGGAGUUUGAAUGUACAGUUUUGUCUUUGUUAAUGUAAGGAUUUAGUUCUAUACAGUUCAUCUUUCAUUACAUGAAGACAGACAUUUAGUUUUGAUC